GAACCGUCGAUGGGAGGUGGCCGAUGACGUGUACGGUAGAUGAUUGGAUAAUACAAAUCCGUAUUCUCCCUCCUCGAACGCGUUCGUGGCACUGCAAAAAAUCUCAUUUGCCCAGUGCCCUCGUUAUAUUCAAGUUUCGCGGCAAUGAGGUGAUUUUCACCCCUCUCCGUGUAAACCCUGCCACUCCUUUUUUCCUCUUCUUCUCGUGCUUCAGUGGAAAUCGGCGUAACUCCACGACCGCUGGUUGGUGCCGGUUGGCUGAUUCUGAGAAUUGUUUCUAUGUUCAAAGACAUAAGAGCUCAAUGGCACCAACAAGGAAAUCUAGAAGUGUAAAUAAGCGGAUGUCAAGUUCAAAUGACAAUUCCCCUGAGAAAGAUGGAGUUAAUUCAAAUAAAAGCAAGCAACGGAAGAGAAAGUUGACUGAUAAAUUGGGAUCUCAGUGGAGCAAGGAGGAACUUGAGCGAUUUUAUGAAGCAUAUAGGAAGUAUGGGAAAGAUUGGAAGAAGGUGGCUGCUGUUGUACGCAAUAGAUCCACUGAAAUGGUUGAAGCUCUUUACAAUAUGAAUCGGGCAUACCUCUCUCUGCCAGAGGGGACGGCUUCUGUUGUUGGCCUUAUAGCGAUGAUGACGGAUCAUUACAAUGUGAUGGAAGGGAGUGAUAGUGAAAGGGAGAGCAAUGAUGCACCAGGAUCUCGAAAACCUGUAAAACGAAAGCGUGAAAAAGUUCAGCUUAGUAUCUCUAAAGAUCAGUCUCAUUCAAUUGCUUCUAGUGAUGAUUGCCUCUCUAUAUUGAAGAAGAGACGCUUUGAUGGUAUCCAGCUCAAGCCUCAUGCGGUUGGUAAAAGGACUCCUCGCGUCCCGGUUUAUAAGAAAGAUGAUACAGAAAAUUAUGUUUCACCUUAUAGAAGAAGCCUGAAGUCGACUAUUGAUGCUAAUGAUGAUGAAGUUGCACAUGUUGUAGCUUUGGCAUUAACUGAGGCUGCACAAAGGGGAGGCUCUCCCCAAGUUUCUCAAACACCAUCUAGAAGAGUAGAGCAAAAAUCCUCUCCCAUUCAGAGCUGGGAAAGAAAGCACCAAAUGUCAAAGACAGCUCGUGCAAAGUUUCCUGAUGUUUCUGUGGAUAAAGAGGUUUUAGAAGGUAGUAUAGAAAGCAGGGGAGCUGAAAAUGAAGAAUAUGCAAAAGAUAAUAGUUCAUUGAUGGAUACAGAAGGAAUAGACACUGCUGAAGUUUUUCAGAAAGAGGGACAAUUUUAUAGAAAGAGAGAGAGAGUGAAAAAUGUGGGAAAUCAUCAACUUGAUGAUGGUGGGGAAGCAUGUAGCGGCACUGAAGAAGGACUUAGUUUUAAUUCACUAAAGGAAAAGGUUGAUAUUGAGGUUACUAAUGAAAAACUUGAAAAAUUCUCUCCAAAAAGUCACAGGAAAAGAAACAAGAAACUCUUCUUUGGAGAUGAAACCCCUGCCUUGAAUGCGUUGCAAACUUUGGCUGAUCUGUCUCUAAUGAUGCCAAUAUCUACUAUGGAAUCUGAAUCAUCUAUCCAGUUGAAGGGCGAAAGAAUGGUUGCUGAUAAGAAUAAUAGGUCUGCUUUACCCGAAGCAACAUCAACAAGCCAUAAGAGACAUAAACUUAAAUACAGUGUGGUACCUAAAAUUGAGGUUUCGACCUCCAAAGAGUCUAAGAUUGGAAAGGAACCGACAAAGGAUACUAAUGCUCUCUCUGAAUCGAAAGAAAAACUUCCAUUUGCUGAUACAGCAUGGAAAAGAAAGCGGAAGUCUAUGGGUUCAAAGGUUGCAAGUGCAAAGCUUGAUUCAUAUCCAAGUGGUCCCUUGAAAGAUGAGGCCUUAGAUGAUGGUAACAAACCGGUGGUUAAAGGAAAACACACGGAUCAGGCUUUUACCCUACCAAAGCAAUUGAAGACAGUUAAGUCGUCAGAGAGUUCCUUGUGUAGUGAUCAGAAAGAUUUAACAGUAUCAACGGCAGAAAUUCCACUUUUGAAUGAAGUUAGUUUACCAACUAAACAAAGAAAACGAAAGAUGAUUUUACAGAGAACUUCCUUGCCUAAGGAAAAGUCUUCUGAUUACAUAUUGAAAAGUCAAUCUAACAAGUACUCCACCCUAAAGGAAAAGCUUUCUAGUUGCUUGUCAUCUAAUAUGGUUCGCAGAUGGUUUGUUUUUGAAUGGUUUUAUAGUGCAAUUGAUUAUCCAUGGUUUGCCAAAAGGGAAUUCAUGGAGUACUUAAAUCAUGUUGGACUAGGGAAUAUCCCAAGGUUAACUCGUGUCGAGUGGAGUGUCAUAAAAAGUUCCCUUGGCAAACCCCGCAGGUUUUCUGAACACUUUCUAUGUGAAGAAAGGCAAAAACUUGAACAGUAUCGGGAAUCAGUGAGGAAACAUUACACUGAACUGCGGACUGGUAUUAGGGAUGGACUUCCAACAGAUUUAGCCAAACCAUUAUAUGUUGGACAACAUGUAAUUGCUCUUCAUCCAAAAACAAGAGAGAUUCAUGAUGGUAGUGUGCUUACCGUUGACUAUGACAAGUGCAGGAUUCAGUUUGACCGUCCUGAAUUAGGUGUUGAAUUUGUAAUGGACAUUGAUUGCAUGCCUUUGAAUUCAUCAGAUAAUAUGCCAGAAGCUCUGAGGAGGCAUAUUGGUUCCCCAAUAUCCUCUUUCAUGAAUAAAGAGCCACAAAUUAGUGGAAAUUCAAAUUUUGGGGGGUGCGAAAUGAAUCAUUCCUCACCCGUGAAGGCAAAGGUUGCUACCGUUGAUAAUCUCUGUGCACAAGCAGGUUGUGCUCAACCAUGUAAAGUAACACACCAUCAAGCUAAGGAAGCUGACAUACAGGCAGUUUCUGAACUAAAGCAUGCUCUAGAUAAAAAGGAGACAUUGUUGAUGGAGCUUCGAAGUGCAAAUAGCGACAUAUUGGAAAACAAAAAUGGCAUAGACUGCUUAAAAGAUUCUGAGGUUUUCAAGAAGCAUUAUGCGACGGUACUGUUACAGCUAAAGGAAGCCAGUGGACAGGUUUCUGAUGCUAUGCUACAACUGAGGCAACGCAAUACUUACAGAGGAAACUCUCUGCCAUCCUGGAUGAAGCCACAAGCAAGUUUCAAUGUUCAUGAUGAUCUUCCCAGUAUGUUGGAUAGUUCUCUGACACAAGAGUUAGGGUCAACUGUUGUUCAAGUUAUUAAAGGAUCCAGGCUAAGGGCACAUGCAAUGGUAGAUGCUGCAUUUCAGGCAUUGUCUUUGGCAAAGGAAGGUGAAGAUGCUUUCAUAAAGAUUGGGCAAGCAUUGGAUUCUAUAAAUCAUCAGCAGUUAGCCUCCCAGUCUAGGUUACCCGUGAUCAGGUCUCAAGAGCAAGUGAACGCGAAUGGCAGUUUUUAUCAUCUUAAUCAUUCAACUAGCGGUGUAUCAGAACCUAUACUUAAUGAUCCAUCGCUUCCAAAACCACAUAAUUGUUCUGACAAAUUUGAUACUGAACUUCCAUCAGAUCUUAUCACAUCGUGUGUUGCUACAUUAAUCAUGAUUCAGACUUGUACUGAACGGCAAUACCCUCCAGCUGAUGUGGCUCAGAUAUUAGAUUCUGCCGUUACCAGUCUGCAUCCAUGCUGUUCUCAAAACCUUCCUAUUUAUAGAGAAAUUCAAAUGUGCAUGGGAAGAAUCAAAACGCAGAUGUUAGCUCUCAUCCCUACUUGACUUACAUCUUUUCUUCUGCAGAUCUCUCUCUAAUGUAGCUGCUGCUGUACAUAUGAUGCUGAAGCUGAACUAUUAGUUCAGAACUUCAGAUCACAUACGGGCUCGUCGCCUACCUUGUAAUGUCUUUAUUGAGAGGUACAAUAAUUUAUUUCUUUUACUCCACACCGAUAGGGUCAAACGGUGGUAUUAGAAAUCAUGUAAUUCACUACCGUGUCUUUUUUUAUCUCUGGUGUCAAAUGGUGGUACUUAAUAAAAAUGAUUAUUUAAUAUUUUGAUGAUUCAAAAAUUAAUAAAAAGCACUAAAGGUUAUUUUUUGUUUCU